AUGGUGCUUUAUCUUUACAGCACACCUGCAAGCUUAAAUAUGGGAUCAAACCCACUGAUGAUUUUAGUGGUUAUAAUUAUAUUAAUGCGAUUCAUUUUGUGGUCCUGUUUCAGUGCUUAUUUAGAUUACAAGUUGUCUCGAAGAUUUCCUGAAAAGAGGAAGGACUCUUGA